GCCGCUGAGUUUAGAGGCUCUCUGUCUGCCAGGGUGACAGCGCGGAGCACAGUCGAGGGACUCGAGCUGCCACAACUCCAAACCUUCGCCUCGCUUUUCUGCUGGACACCGUACUCGCCCUGGGGUUGGAUUAAUUGAACGCCCACUCUUUUUUAGUUUUUCUUUUUCAUUUGCUUUGCCGAGACAAACGCGACUCACCGGUGAAGAUGGGCUCUCAGUCAUCAAAGGGAGAGGUGGCGACGGAGGCGAACGCUGCCGCCGCUGAUGCUGCAGCUGUCAAAACCAACGGACAGGAGAACGGUCACGUGAAGACCAACGGAGAUGUUUCUGCCAAGCCAGAGGGCGAUGCAGCUGCCUCCAACGGUUCAGCUGAGGCAGCCAAGGAGCCAGAAGCUGGUGCAGGAGGCGACGCCAUCGAGCCGGCACCUGCUGCAGACGGGGAGGCUGCCAAACCCGAGGGUGAGGCUGCCGCCAAGGAGACCCCGAAGAAGAAGAAGAAGAAGGCCUUCUCUCUGAAAAAGUCCUUCAACUUCAAGCUGAACCUGAAGAAGAGCAAGAAGAGCGAGGCUGUCAAAGAGGAGGCGGCGGCCGCUGCCGCUCCCGCCGCCGCUGAGGAGAAGCCGGCAGAGAACGGCGCCUCCGCUGAGGAGAAGAAGGAGGAAGCGAAGGUGGAACCUGCUGCUGCAGCCACUGAAGCCCCAAAGGCAGAGGAGGGGGCUGCUAAAGAGGAAGCCCCCAAGGAGGAGGUGAAGGAGGCAGCCGCUGCCACCCCUGAUGCCACAAAACCGGCAGAGGAGAGCAGCUCGACCCCAGCUCCCUCUGAAAAGAAGGAGUAAUUGUACCCACUUUGAACUGGGUGAACUGCUUUUCCAAGAGAGAUAGAGAGAAUUUAAAAGUAUAUAUAUAUAUAUUUAUAUAUAUAUGUGUAUAUGUAUACAUAUGUAUAUGGAUAUAUGUAUAUGUAAAUAUAUACACAUGUAUGUGAGAGACUCCUUCGACGUGCCACUUUUCGUCGUGAUAACAAGACGACUGAUUCACUAGAUCACUUCCCUGGUUACUGCUCGGCAUCUGGACCUCGACAGAGUUUAGGGCUGCGGGCUGGUCGCUGCGUGGAAACUGGAUUUAUUGUAAGAUGGAUGAAGGAUGAACGGAGAAUGACAGAGUCUGAGCAUCUUCUACUGUACUUCAAAACCUAAUGGUCAAGAUGCCUCCUCUCUGAAGGAGCGACGAAACUAGGACACCAUCACCACUUGAAAAGACUGUUACAUAGAAGAAAAAAAAAAGAGCAAAAUGAAAUCCGAAAAAGACUUGCCAACUUUUUACAUUCCUAUAUUUUAACCCAAAUUUGAAGUAUUUUGUGGUGUAUUAUAGAGAACAACCAUCUUACAGAGAGAAGCUAUGUCUUGUUUGUUUAAGAAAAAAAAAUAGACAAUUUUGAUUUUUACCUUAUUAUGAAAAAAAAGACCACUUAAGCUUGCUAUGUUCACUGUUGCGGUUUGAUAUGAAGCAGAGUCGUUUUAUCUGUCGUGUGUGAGCCUGAAUCUGCUUUGUCUCUGUAAAUACAUUGGAUUGAUUUUUGGUUCUUUAUUUUGCUAAUGUUUACAGAUGUUACUGGUUUUAUUGUAAAGUUGAUAAUGGUAAAUAAAUGUUGGUUACCUGCCUGUU